AUGGAUGCUAGUAACCAUGAUAUGGUAGGAGUUCUUGCCAGAGAAAUGAAUACCAUUUUUUCUCCCCUAAUAAAGAAUGUAAAUAGGACUAACAAUGAUAAUGCCCAAUCAUACCAACAACUGUCAGCGCAGAUGGGACGCAUAGCAGAUUUCCUAGGCGCCCCCCAGUCCUUUGUUCGACGCAGACCAAACCAAGUUAUAAUCCAGGAAGAAGAACCAACUAUAAAUCAGGUUCGACCACCUAGACAAGCGCCUGACGAAAGGGUCAUGGGGUCAAGAUUAGAACAACAGCCAGUUCGACAAGAAGUCCCUGAAGUACAACCUAAGAGAGUAACGAUGGUUAAUAUAGACCAGGAUGUAGACGAAGUAAUUCAUAGGGUUAGGCAAGAAAACAUGAUGGAAAAUAACUUAACUACUAUGAUAGAGAGAAUCAUGGCCCAUAAUGGUUUGAAUACAGGACUUCAACGGCCAAAUUAUACCUCUCCUUUAUCAGAAUACGCCCUACAAACUGAAUUACCAAGGGGUUGUAAAAUCCCUAAGUUCACCAAAUUCUCAAGGGACACUAGUGAAUCCACUAUAGAACACAUAGCCAGAUACAUGACUGAGGCAGAGGAUUUGGCGAACAGUGAGAACCUAAGAAUGAAAUAUUUCCCCAGUUCAUUAAUGAAGAAUGCCUUCACGUGGUUUACAACUUUGCCACCAAAUUCCAUAGAUACUUGGCCUCAUUUGGAGAGAUUAUUUCAUGAAAAAUUCUACAUGGGCCAAACUAAGAUAAGUCUUAAGGAAUUAGCCAGUAUUAAAAGAAAACUCACUGAACUUAUAAAUGAUUAUCUGAAUAGGUUCCGUUUGUUGAAAUCUAGAUGCUUUACAGUAGUGCCUGAACAUGAAUUGGUCGAAAUGGCCGCUGGAGGGAACCUUGUCGAAACUGAAAAGAAUGAUAGAUAUCCUAAAAAGACUUACACAUUUGAUGUUACCAAAUAUGAUGAAAUCUUCGAUUUAUUAGUAAAAGAUGGCCAAAUGAUAGUGCCUCCUAAUACCAAAAUUCCUCCGGAUCUUAUUCAGAAUGCAAUUAAGGAUGGCCGCCUCAAGUUCGCUGACAGGGGGAGAAACCAGAUGAAGGUUGACACUGACCCCCUUAACAUUGCUGACACAAAUUAUGCCGAACCUGUCGAAAUCAACAUGAUUGACAUGGUGGAAGUGGAAGCUGUGAAGGAAACAGGAACUGAAGGCUAUGUGCUAGUUGCUGAUGUCGAACCAAAGACCAUUGAAGGUCUUAAUGGGAAGGCAACUGAGGCUACUGAGGGCCUAAGGAAGAAAUUUAAGGAAAUUUCAAUCGCUGAUGGCGCCAAUCUAGGUGUCAACAUGGUGGAUCUUAACCACCCCCCCCCACCCCCAAGAGAUGGAGGAAGUGUAGAGGUGUCUAAAGAUAGAGCAAGAGGGAAUUCAGUUUGGCUAUCCCAAAGCCAAUGA